AUGCUCUUCAUCUUCUCUUUCCUUUUAGUCCCAUUCACCAACGCAGUCAUCAGUGGUGACUUGAACUGCACCUCCUAUAACGGAACCGCGUUCGUCUACACCCCAGCUGCCGUUGCCUGCUCCAACGUAAUCUCUGAUGCGUCCUGCCAAGUUCUCUAUGCCGCUCCAGAUACCCUAUAUCCAGCUGCUGGAAAUGAUGCUGAAAGGGCGUUGGCUUGCUACACCACCGCUACAGCCACCCCAGCAGCGGUUGUCUCAGACAUGAAGACUGCUGCUUUGGCUUCAUGCGCAAAGACAUGCGGAUUGUGCUGUCAGACAGAUGAUUAUAGCUGCGCUAAUGUUGCAUUCCCACGUCUCAACUGUGCUACCAUCACCGCCGCCCAAUGCAACUCUGUCACCUGGAGAACUAUCAUCGCCGCUGACUGCCCAUCCGCCUGUGGAUUCUGUAACUCUGGAGGAUGUGUUGAUGCUGUCACCAACUGCGCCAACGAUAUCUCUAUCUGUAGAACCGUCGGAAUGGAAUCAUUUGUCAGCACCUACUGCCAAAAGACUUGCGGAUUGUGCCCAUCAACUACGGCUGGUUCUUCAGUUACUACCACUGCCUCAUCCGGUUCAUGCACUUCUUACAUUGCUGAUAGCUCGACAAGCUGCACCGCCUGGGCUGCCAAUGGUUUCUGCACCAACACAUUCUAUACUUCAGCUCAACGCAGAUCCAGAUGUGCCACCACUUGCAAGAUCUGCUAG